UAUAUCCGAUAAAGACAUACCGCACUCUUAUAAGCUUGUUUAAAUGUGAAAUAAAAUACAUAGGAGAAGGGAUUAAUUUUUUAAUCCAAUAAAUGUACAGCAAUUUAAUAUAUUAAGACAUGAAUAUUUGGAAUAGGCUUUAACACGAGCGAAACUGAGGACUUAUUAUAAUUUAACAUAAGAAGUGCAAAGAACAAGCAGAGAUGGCCAGUAAGCUCAACUGUUGCCAGGGGCUCAUAUUCUUGUUGAUCAUAUGUGCAGUCGGUGUGCAAAUCGUAGGGUUCGUCACUGAAUACUGGCUCGUGGGGUCUGUGGACAACAAUAGCACAGAUACUUAUGUUAGAAACGUGAAUGUUGGAUUGUUCAAAGAAACAAUUGAGUUCAGUAAUGGAACGAUCAUCGAACAAGAUUCUAGCCUGAACGUGAAAGAGGAGCAGUACAUAUAUUUAGCUGUGGCGGGUUGCAGUGCUCUGGUCUGCCUUGUUCUCGUGUUCAAAGCAGUUCAUGUCCUGGUUGGAAUAGCUUCUUUUGUCCUAUUGACGCUUAUGUUUGUUGCCGUGUUUUACACAUUUGAACGUAUGUCUGAUAAAAAGGGUGAGUUAAAAGAGUACAACUCUUCCUGGCCAACGCUUGAAUUCAGCUGGUCCUUUGCUCUUAUGGCUGGGGGACUGAUAUUAAACUUAGUAUCAAGCGCCAUCUUUCUCACAAUAUUGUUGAUAAAAGGGGAAAGAAAAGCAUCUAGAUCCACAAAAGGACUAGGACCCUCAUCUGCCAAAAUGGACAAAGGUAUUUCUGGUGAUAAAGUUCCGAUUAUAAGUGUAAUAUCUCACGAGAAUGAAGCCUUUAACAACGAUGAUGCAUUCGGAAAUGGGAGCAAUUAUGGCAACACAGACACUCAGGAAUAUGAUGUGAUCUCCGGGAAUACUUCAUUGGGAUUUGCCGGGCCAGUUGACGCGGAAAUUGUGCAGGAAAGGAGCAAGGUGGACUCAGAUCCGACUCGACACAAUUACAUGAACGAUGAUGGUGCGUGUGCCAAGGUUAAUAUCAACUCCGACGGAAAAGGCAAAAUGCAAGCCAAUCAGUCGAGUAUAGAAAACGAAGUUGAACCAGAUUUUUAUAACAUUGCAUCACAGCAUACUGACAUAGUUACGGAUCUAGACGCAGACUCAUAUAACGAAAAUGGGCCAUAUGAGAUACUUGAUAUACAAGCUCAUAUUGACGACGAAGACUACACGAGUAUACGACUUUAGUCAAUGUUAUUUUAUAUUUAUAGUUUUUACAUAGUAAUCAGUGACUUCGUAAUUCCGUGAUAUUAGUUCUAGUAAUCUCAAGUUUAACUAUGUGUUAAAGUGUGUGUAAACAUUAUUUUGUUUUUGUUUUUUAAGUCCUAGACAAACUAUAUAAUUGAUACUAUUUUUCUAUCGUUUAGGUUAAUCGUUAAUUCAUAAAUUGUUAACAAUUCUUUUCCACAGUAAAAUUUUAUACAAUCCUUAUAUUAUGACCCAUUGAUAAAUGUGAAAGCCGAAUAUCGGUAACAGUGUCGUUAGAAGUUAUGUUUGAAAAUGAGAAGACACGUCUUAAGAUGCAUAACAAUUGUCAAAAAGAAUUCAGGUAAAUAAAAAUUGGUUUUCAUUUAUUAUAAUAGCUUUAUAUAUAUGCUUGUACCAAAUCUAACAGGUGCAUGUAACAAGGUGCUAAGAUUCAGGUAGUGUGUUCAUUGCGAAACUGUCUUUCCAUUAACAACUUCAAAUGUGUUUAUGAACUCUAUCCUUGAUUUAAGAAAAAGUGAUUUUUUUGAAAAGAAAUUAGUAGUUUAUAAAAACUGUUCAUUUUUGUAAGAGGUAACAGUUGAAAACCAAUAUU